CUGGCAACCGCUGGGGCGUCUUCCUUCCUCUCCAAGCAAGAUGGCGGGGGGUGAGGCUGGUGUGACUCUGGGGCAACCGCAUCUUUCUCGCCAGGAUCUCGCCACCUUGGAUGUUACCAAAUUGACGCCACUUUCACACGAAGUUAUCAGCAGACAAGCCACAAUUAAUAUAGGUACAAUUGGUCAUGUAGCUCAUGGGAAAUCCACAGUUGUAAAAGCUAUUUCUGGAGUUCACACUGUCAGGUUCAAAAAUGAACUAGAGAGAAAUAUUACAAUCAAGCUUGGAUAUGCUAAUGCUAAGAUUUAUAAACUUGAUGACCCAAGUUGUCCUCGGCCAGAAUGUUAUAGAUCCUGUGGAAGCAGUACACCCGAUGAGUUUCCUACAGACAUUCCAGGGACCAAAGGGAACUUCAAAUUAGUCAGACAUGUUUCCUUUGUUGACUGUCCUGGCCACGAUAUUUUGAUGGCCACUAUGCUGAACGGUGCGGCAGUGAUGGAUGCAGCUCUUCUGUUGAUAGCUGGUAAUGAGUCUUGUCCUCAGCCUCAGACUUCUGAACACCUGGCUGCUAUAGAAAUCAUGAAACUGAAGCAUAUUUUGAUUCUACAAAAUAAAAUUGACUUGGUAAAAGAAAGCCAGGCUAAAGAACAGUAUGAGCAGAUCCUUGCAUUCGUUCAAGGUACAGUAGCAGAAGGAGCUCCUAUUAUUCCAAUUUCUGCUCAGCUGAAAUACAAUAUUGAGGUUGUCUGUGAGUACAUAGUAAAGAAAAUUCCAGUACCCCCAAGAGACUUUACUUCAGAACCCCGACUUAUUGUUAUUAGGUCCUUUGAUGUGAACAAACCUGGUUGUGAAGUUGAUGACCUUAAGGGGGGUGUAGCUGGUGGUAGUAUUCUAAAAGGAGUGUUAAAGGUGGGCCAGGAGAUAGAAGUCAGACCUGGUAUUGUUUCCAAAGAUAGCGAAGGAAAACUGAUGUGUAAACCAAUCUUCUCCAAAAUCGUAUCACUGUUUGCUGAACAUAAUGAUCUUCAGUAUGCUGCUCCAGGAGGUCUUAUUGGAGUUGGAACAAAAAUUGACCCCACUUUGUGCCGGGCUGACAGAAUGGUGGGGCAGGUACUUGGUGCAGUUGGAGCUUUACCCGAAAUCUUCACAGAAUUGGAAAUCUCCUAUUUCCUGCUUAGACGGCUGCUGGGUGUACGCACUGAAGGAGACAAGAAAGCAGCAAAGGUGCAAAAGUUGUCUAAGAAUGAAGUGCUCAUGGUGAACAUAGGAUCCCUGUCGACAGGAGGAAGAGUUAGUGCAGUCAAGGCCGAUUUGGGCAAAAUUGUUUUGACCAAUCCUGUGUGCACAGAAGUGGGAGAAAAAAUUGCCCUUAGCCGAAGAGUUGAAAAACACUGGCGUUUAAUUGGUUGGGGUCAGAUAAGAAGAGGCGUGACAAUCAAGCCAACCGUAGAUGAUGACUGAAGAAUUCGUUAAAUAAUGCAUUUGGAUAAAGACAGAUUUUUCUCUUCACAACCUAGGGAUAUAUUUUCAAAGCAAUACAGGAGAAUGAAUUUCACAGCUCAUUACCUUAGUAGUAACAGUUAUUUGCAUUUUUGGUUGAUGAAAUUUAACCUCUAGUACUAAAGUAGAGUACAAUAAAUGUAAAAAUUGGCAUAAUGUUGGAUUGAGUCUACAUUUUACCAGAAAUUAAUCAUUCCCAAGUAAUUUCUAAUUUAUAUGUCAAUGCAGGUUUGAAAUGAAACUCUUCGCUACAACCAGACUUUGCUGUAGCACACAUACCACCAAACUUAUUUGAAGUAAACUUUUUCGUAUUUUCAUGCUUGAUCUUUCAGUAGCUCUAGGCUUGAAUGGAUUGUUAUACCAAUAAAAACUUGGAAACAAAUUUUUGAAGACCAACUUCCUUUUGCCUAUCUUAUGUUGCUUUAUCUUUGCAAUUUUGAGUGAAAAAUUAAGAGGUUCAAAUAAAAUUAUCCUUUAGAGCAUGA